GGUGAACUCCGCGAGAAGACGACGCCCGGGACUCCGCGCGAGGGAAAAAUAUCUGAACGCGCGGCUGCGACGCCGAGCCAGUGGUGGUGGCCUAUCAUCUCCCCGCGCGCGCGAACGUUCCCAGCUCCAGGAGUCCCUCCGAGAUGGCGCCCGCGCCCGCGGCUGUCGCGGCGGCGCGCCCGUUGUCUCUCCCUUGCGCGUCGUCCCCGCGGCAGGGACGCCAGGGUCGCGCGUGCUCGUUCCACCGCGCCGCGCCGAGCGCGCCCCGCCACACUCGCGUCCUCUUUCCCGUACAGGAACCGGGCCGCUGCUCCCGGCUCCGGCGGCGGCCGCUCUGCAGCCAGGCCGAAGUGGCGGCGGGCGCCACCGUCGACGACGACGAGGCGUGCGAGCUGGUGAGCGGGUCGGACCUCGUCAUCGGCGAGGGCGACGACAGCGUCCGCGCGCACCUCUUCAGGGCCGUCAAGAACAACAACGGCACGGGCAUCCUGCUCCUCUCCGACGUCUUCGGCUUCGAGGACUCCGCCACGCGGGACUUCGCCUACCGCGUCGCCUGCAACGGCUACAAUGUGCUGGUGCCGGACCUGUUCCGGGGCGACCCGUGGAAGCCGAGCGCCCCGUUCGACGAGGGCGGCUUCGCGCGGUGGCUGGCCGGGCAGGCCCCGGCGCGGGUGUCGGGCGACAUCGACGCGUGCACGAGGUGGCUGGUGGACGAAUUCAAGGCGGCGGGGGUGUCGAGGAGGCUGGGCGUCGUCGGGUUCUGCUACGGCGGCGCCCGCCUCGUGGAGGCGCUGGCGCGCGACGCGGACGCCGGCGAGGGCGGCCGCUGCUUCAGCGCGGGGGUCUGCUUCUACGGGUCCCGGAUGGACGCGUCCCUGAGCGCCCGCCUCGCGGCGCCCGUGCUGUUCGUGUGCGGCGACGGCGACCCGCUGUGCCCCGUGGAGACGGUGCGGGAGCUGGAGAGGCGCGCCGGGGGCGCCAUGGCCGCGGUGUACGCCGGCAGGGGCCACGGGUUCGCGCACCGGCCGCAGUCCGUGGAGGAGGACGCCGACGCCGAGGACGCGUUCAACGCCAUGCGGGGGUGGCUGCACGACCACCUGCUCGCCUGAUCAGCCGGCGGUGCGUACAUACUAGGUUUGUCGAAGAUCGGAAUCAAGCAUGCGCGUAAGAGUUUGCGAGAGUUUUUAUUUGUGUACUGACGCCGCAAAACUGUAGAGUAUUGCUAAAAAAACGGUAAAGACUUCAUUGUAGCCGGCCGUAAAUUUGUUCACCUGCACGGCCGCC